AUGGAGACCGUUCAGUUCAUUGAGGGUAUGGUUCUGACGGAGUUUCUGAGGCUAAAGGAAUCCAAAUCACCAGGUGCCGACGAGAUUCCGGCAAAGAUUUUGAAGGAACUCACCGGUGAGUUGGCUAAGCCACUCUCCAUGCUUUUCAAUACAUCCUUCGAGACCGGAUAUCUGCCACCCGACUGGAAGUCGGCGUGGAUUACGCCGCUAUACAAGGGCGGAAGUCGGGUCUCUGCGAACAAUUACAGACCUGUCAGCCUCACCUCCAUUGCUCCAAGAUUAUGGAGAAAAUAA